AUGUUUACGUGCUCCAGGAGCCUCGUGUCGGCAGGGGAGGAGGAGUAUUAUCAUGAUGUUCCUGGUGAAACUAUCAACAACCUGCCCGUUGUAACUACAUCUGAGAGUGAUGUUAUCCUUAAUGUUUCCCAGGUAGUGGAACGCAUUUUCGACGUUGUUGAAAACAUUGAUACGGUCGUUCUGCCGGUUAUAGAUCUUGCGAAGUCGAUUGACAUUGACAUCGAUUUUACUCUCCUUGGGUUGACAAACUUUGACGAAAUCUCCGGCGAAAUUGACCUCGUGGCGGCAAUGCAAGUAAGAUGGACGGCAGCCAACUUGCCAGAAUGGGAUAAAGACGAACUUGGAGGGAAAACAACGUUUUCAUUGGAUUCCAGCACUAUCUGGACCCCACAGUUUUUACUCUUGAAUCCAGCGACCACUGUGAAGGAUUUGGCAGCAACUUCGAACAGGCUCAGAAUAAACAAUAACCAGACCGUCUACUGGAAUAUUAUGGCGGGAAUAGAGGCGGCCUGUGUGGUUGAUGUGGCCGACUUUCCGUUCGACAAACAAACAUGUGACGUCAAUAUAGCGGUGUGGGGCUACGACACAACGGAAGUGACCUUACACCCAAUUAUUCGUAACAGCGCUCGAGACAUUAGCUACAUUGAGAGCAGUACAUGGUCUUUGAGAAAAAUCUCUAUAGACGGAAAAAACACCGCCGUAAACACGCCGUACUUUCAAGUAACGUUGCUUAUUGAACGUCAUUACGAGUACUUUCUCGUAAACGUUAUCCUGCCGCCUACCUUGCUAAGUGUACUCGAUCCAUGCGUGUUUCUCCUUCCGGCGUCCUCGGGAGAACGUAUGUCAUUUGCGGUAACGUGUUUCUUGGCGUUCAGCGUCUUUAUGACGUUGCUGGGUGACAACUUACCCAAGAGUUCCGUCCCCGUUGCGCACAUGGCGUACUUCAUGAUGUACAUGCUGAUUCACAGCUGUGCAGUUACUUUCUGCACAAUUAUUACGCUUCGUGUGUAUAACAAAGUAGACACGGCUGAACAAAUCCCAGAUUGGGUGAAAUUCGUUGUUCGUUUGCUCCGCCUUCGAUUUUGCAGGUACAGGAAACCGACCCUGAAGUCCAAUGAGGUGGAGCCGAAGUUCGACGAAUAUCGUUCAGAAACACCCGUUAACCACUGCAUGAUAAGUAAGAAAGAUUCUCUUGAACUAAUUGACACAUCGAAACCACCAUACUGCGUCAUCUAUGAAAAGGAUUCAAGCGUGUUUAAGGACGAUAAGGCGGCAAAAAGCAACUUUUGGCCCGAGGCCUCCCCGAACGAACCGACGAUCACGUGGUACACGGUCGGACGGACGCUCGAUGCGUUCUUCUUCGUGGUAUUUCUGGGGUGGAUGGUUUUCACAAUCAUAUCACUGCUUAUUUCGCUUCAACUGGUGUGA